UAUCUUUGGAACAUUCUUUCAGUGAUUAAUGUUUUUAACCCUCAUUUGAUAGAUGAGGUCUUCUUCUACACAGAUCUACUUUAGUUUAACCUGAUUCCCAGCUUCUUCGUAAGUUCGUUAGCAAUUCCGUGCAGCACAUGAAGCAGGUUGCAUCAGAACCUGAUCCAUCUCGAAAAGCGUUCCAUUUCAACGGGAGGAUGAGCCCUAUAAAGGCUUUUUCUGCAUGCUGCGUGCUGCUGCUACUGCACAUUAGGAUAUAUAAUGGGAACAAGUUGAUCAAGCUGCUACGUACGCCACCUGUACAUUUCCGGUGGAUCCAACGGAACCGGAUCCCGGCCACCGCCAAACGGGAAAAGUAGCAAUCUCUCAUUUAAAGGAGUCUAGUGAGAUUUCUGACAUCUGUCAUGCAUGUGAGUGUGGGGCUUUUGGUUUCUAAAAGAUAGAAAGUGACCAUUUUUAGACUACUCCAACAGUUUCCCAUUGGCUUUCCACUCAAACGUAUUGUAUAUGCCAUUUACCCAAAUUUCACAGCAAAAUGAUUCGCAUUGCACCCAUCAAAACCAGUAGUACUUAUAUAUGCUAGUCCUGCCACAGUUGGUACAUCUGAAGUACCCUUUCCACUUGGUGGGCCGCAAAAUCUCUGAAUGUGCAAAAACAUUUCAUACCUACCAAAAUAAAUUAAAAAAAGCAGGUUUUAAUGGAGUGUGUAUAAUGCCAUGUUAAAUUUCAAUUACCAUUCCCAAAUCAGAACUUUUAAGUAAAAUGAUCAUAUUUCUAUACUUGCUACUUGCUAGCGCAGGUCUCUGAACAGAUCUAAUAAUUAUUGGUCUGCUAACAUCUUGAAGAACUUGGCCCCACAAGUUUAAUAUUGGCCUAGAUCAUCAAUAUGAUCAGCCAGUUGGCUGUCAUCGAUGCUCUUCCAGGCAGCAAUAAUCAUGUGCUUGUUUUAAUCUUUAUAUCUGAAACGAUAAAGCUGGGAGUGUGUCUGAUUAGAGAAAGGGAAAAAAAAAAAAAAAGUAAAGGAAAAGGAAGUGAUCCUUUGCAAGAGCAAAGGGUAAGAGAUUGGGAAGAAUUUAUUUCAGUAUAUAAUAUUCAACCACUUGUUUUAUAUAGCUUUGCCAAUUGCCACCUGAUUGAUGGUCUGUUCCCGAUAUCACUAUUUUAUUCCUUUCCUUUCUUUUCUUCCUUCUUACCCUUACCCUUUCUUUCUUUCACUGAACAUUCUGAUAAAACUCUCAUCAGUCUAUCACUCUUUCUUUAUAUCUUUCCCAUCUCUCUGUUCAUCUGCUCCUCAGUUCUGUCAAAUAGUUUUUUUUUUAAUAUACAGUACUAGUACUAUUGCUUAUUAAGCCAUGGAUGUAAAGCAGUUAAGGUCUGAGAACCAGAUGGAGAUGAUGAUGAUGAUGGAGAUGAACAAGCUUCUUCCAGUAUUCAGUGAGGCCUACAACAGCGUUGCUGAAUUGCCACCGCCGGAACAGUUUUCUGGUGCGAGCAGCGGCAAUAAAGUUGGUGCCAUGCCGCAGUACAUAGAUAUUGAACCCCAUAUGGCUUCUCCCUCGUUCGUAAACCUCCCAUCCAGUACUGUUUCAUUCACUAACACUAACCCAAUUCAUCAAGAGUCAUCAGCACCAAUAUCUUUCUUAUCCAGCACCUCCAUUGGGAAGUGGAGAGGUGAUUUAUCUGGUGCAGGUUCGUUUUCUGCACCUUCCCAGAAGCGGAAUUCCAUGGCUGCAAUGAGGGAAAUGAUCUUCCGGAUUGCCGCCAUGCAGCCAAUCCACAUAGACCCGGAGUCAGUGAAGCCUCCCAAGAGAAGGAACGUGAAGAUAUCGAAGGAUCCUCAGAGCGUGGCCGCGCGCCAUAGGAGAGAGAGGAUAAGUGAGAGGAUAAGGAUUCUGCAGAGACUUGUCCCAGGAGGGACCAAAAUGGACACUGCCUCCAUGUUGGAUGAAGCAAUUCACUAUGUGAAGUUCUUGAAAACCCAGGUGCAAUCCCUGGAACGAGCCGCGGCUAAUCGGCCAACUGGGAUAGGGUUCCCGGUGGCCAUGUCCAGUGGGAGUUACCUCCCGGCCAUGGCUAAGGCUUUUCAGGCUCCUCAAAAUGUGCAGCCUUUCGAAGAUGCUAAUUAAUUAAUUAGCUGAUCAAGAAGACAACUUAGUUUCAGUUUAUAUGAAAUGCAUUUUGUUGAAUGAUGCUGAUCAUUUGUGUAGGUUGUAACUCUUGUAAAGGGGCCAUGCAAGCUAGUUAGGUUCAUAGAAUCAUAUUCUCUCUAUCUUUUAGGCUUGUAUCCCAUGCUACAUUGCUAUAUAAUAAUUGAACUCAGUCCCUGAAUAUGAACCCCAA